AAUGCACAACAACCGCCGCCAUCAUCUUCUUCAGCUUCAACACUUCCUCCCUCGUCGAUAGCCACAUCCAUGGCCAAGUUUCCACCACACAGUGGUAGUGGAUUGCCUCCAUUACAAACAACUGCUGGCCUUUUUGGCCCAGGAGGUCUGCCGCCUCAUGGUUUACCGCCUGGCGUGGGACAUCCUGGAAUGUUGCCCGGUGGCAUACCUCCCAAUGGUAUAUCUCCAAUGCUUUUACACGCAUCGCCAUAUCGCCCGCCCUAUCCCAAUUAUGCACUCUAUGCACCCUACAGUGGGCUACCGCACAGUCACUAUUUGCCCCCUGCAGUGCCAUCGCCAAGUGCCUCGCCACGGACAAGUCGAGAAUCUCCCAUGAUGUCACAAAUGACCAAACCAGCCAGCUUAAGGCCGCCAACGCCAGUCAGCAGCCAGCCAAACAACUCUGCAUCGUCGUCGGCAGCACCACCAUCAUCGUCGUCAUCGUCGACAGGAGCGGGACAAUCAAAUAGUGCUAGUGGUUCCAGUACGCCUACCAGCUCAACUCCAACCACAGUGUCUACGCCCACGUCAAUGCCACCUGUGACAGCAAGCUUAAGUCAUGGCCCAGCGACAGGACUGCCAACACCUGCAAUGCCCUCGCAUCUGUUGCAUCAUCCACAUCUUCCAUAUCCAGGAUCGUUGCCUAUGCCGCAGCAAAUGCUGGGUGGUCCUCCGCCACCAUUUCCACAUCCCCAGUCGGCGGCAAUGUUAUCGCAUCAUCUGCCCAUUUCCUCCUCCCACCCAGGUCACAGUAUAGCAAGUGUAACGACCACAACCUCUGCCUCCACACCACUCAGUGCAACACUGAGCGGAGGCAGCGGCGGCGGGGUCAUCAAUAGUGGAUUAAAUCCACCAACAAUGUCCAGCAGAGAUGGAGCCCAAAUACUGCAUCCACCGCCACCACACUUGCUGACGCAUCCCCAUUUGGGGCCGCCACAUAUGCCGCCACUUCCGCCUCAUAUGCUGCCAACGCCACACUCAGCUCUUCUGCGAGGAGCCUCACCAACAACCACCCCAUCUACUCCUCAGAGCAGUAGUAGUAGUAGUCAGCCGCCUCAACCUGCAAGUUCUGUUGCCUCAACUGCUGCGGCCACAAAUUCAGCAUCUGUGAUUCACAAGGGCAUAUCACCGCAAAGUGAAAGUCCGUCUAAAGAGCGUAGCAGCAGUAGUAGUAACACCAGUAAUGACAGUCUCGCCUACCUUCCACGUUCGUCUGUUGCCAAUACUCACCUCAGUGGUUUUCCUCAACCGCCACCACCAACAUCAACGGCGGCGGCAUAUUUACCAACGUCAAUGGCGGCGCCCACAUCAUCAUCAGCAUCGUCGUUAUCACUAUCCACAGCGUCGUCGUCGAUAGCAUCGUCCUCCUCGAUGACGACCUCCUCUACACCAUAUUCCGUUGCUUCCUUGGCUAUAUCAAAUGCCUCCUAUAGUUCCACGGUUUCGUUGCCUACAACAACAUAUGCUGCAGCUGGCGGUAUGCCCAUGAUGACUUCACAACAGCUGCCACAACAUGCUCCUCCGGGUGGUUUACCCUAUCCGGGUGCUCCAAAACAUUCGAUGUGGCCGCCUCCAAGUUCCUCUUCAUUGUCAAUACCACCUCCGACAUCAGCUGUUACCUCACAUCCAUCUAGUUUGGCCACAAGGCCCACGCCACCGCCUCCAACUGUGGCAGCCACAUCCGUGACGGCAGGCGGCUCGUCGUCAAUGCAGCCACCACCCAUUUCGGUUUCACCGCACACAGCGACAAUGCAUUCCUCAUCGGCUUUGGCACCACCACCGCCGACAAUACCUGCUCCUGGUAGUGGAUUUCAUCCACAAUAUUUUGUGCCUCCAAUGCCAACAGUUCCUGCGGCUCCGCCGGUGUCGUCCUCAGCAAUGAUGGUUGGUGGUGUACCGCCAAUUAGUUCCAUAAGCAGUUCACUGGCUGUUAGUUCGGCAAUCUCGGCACCAGCAUCCUCAGCAAUGAUAACCACGGCGGCAAAUAGUGCACCGGUUACCACAACCACUCAAAGUUCGGCACCACAUCCAUUUUCGGCGGAAUCGUUAUUCCAGCCGAAUGAUCAAGCCGAUCUUUUGAGACGUGAAUUGGAUAAUAGGUUCCUGGAUCGUAGUACACAACAACAGCCAGCUGGCGUUCAUGCAAUACCAUCACCGUAUCUAAGGCAAGAAUUGCAUCAUCAUCAACAUCAGCAUACCCAUCUGCAUCAGCAUCAACAAUUAUUGCCAACAGCUAUAGCGGCAGCUCCGCCACCAGCGCCGGCUCCUCUCUUUCCUCCGCCUCUGUUCAAAGACAUUCCCAAAAUUGCUGCCGUUGAUUCGCCAUUCUAUCGUACGGGGUUGGGAUUGCCCGGUUAUGCGGGCUACAGUCCAGCCGGGUUAAUGCAUCCCGGUUUGGGUGGUGCUACCCCGUUUAUGCCACCCAGCCAUUUAACAUCAUUUGCGCCAAAGAAAACUGGCCGUUGGAAUGCCAUGCACGUUCGUAUAGCGUGGGAAAUUUACUAUCAUCAAAAUAAACAAAAUCCCGAUAAAUUAAGCUCAGCAUCGGCAGCAUCAGCAUCAGCGGCCUCAUUAGGUCCCGGCUCGGGUAGUAAUCCAUCAACACCGGGUAUUACGGCGAAUAAUAGUAGUAGCAGUGCCAGUGUUACGCCAACAUCAACGACCGUGUCACAAAGUAGUAUAGCUGUAUCAUCGGGUCUAGGUGGUGCUGGACCCUCACCAUCGGCAAUGUCAUCGCUAAGUAUGAAAGCGUCGCCAGCCUUAACAUUAAGUGCGGGAGCAUCACCGCAUCUAAUGCAUCGACCUGGUGAAUUGCCACCAACUGCUUAUGCCUCGGCAUUGCCGGGACGUUCGCCGUUUGAGACAUCGCCAUUGUCGGCUAGUUUCAUUGGGGCACCGCCCAGUCAUAUAGGUACUGCUGUUUCCCCAUUUGGCCGUUACGUAGGACCAUUUGGUUUUGGCCUAUCUCCAUUUGGCAGAGAAAUACAAUUAGGUGGUACCCUGCACGAUCCUUGGAGAGCAGCUGCUUUACAACAACGCGCUGUGCCUUAUCAUCCGGGAGCACCACCUCCUGGUUGGCCCAUGAAACCCGAUACCACAGCCUUAGAUAAUGCCCGGCGAGAGGCCGAAGAACGCGAACGAGAACGUGAAAUGCGUGAACGCGAACAACGAGAACGUGAACGACAACGUCAGCGAGAACGUGAGGAACGUGAACGCAAGGAGAAGGAGGAGAAACUUAAACGGGAACAACAGGAACGUGAACAGCGUGAACGCGAGCGGGAACGUGAACGGAAGGAGCGUGAACGCAGAGAAAUGGAACGCCGCGAAAUGGAACGUGAACGUAUGCUGCAACAGCAGCGCAUCAACGAAAGCAAUAAAUUGUCGCAAGCGGCGGCAGCAGCAGCGGCUAUGAAUCAGGCGCGCGAACGUUCACCACAUCGCAGUGUCACAGAUAUGCAAGGUGGCCCUGGUGGUCCAGUGGGUGGUGAAAUGCGUAUUAAAGAGGAAAUGCCACGAACUAAAGAAGAGCAGGAUGCUAUGAUGAUGAGAGCCUCAGCCGCAGCAGCGGUAGAUCCUCGUUAUCAUAACUCGCUGGCAGCUGCCCAGGCAAAUGCGGCAGCGGCCGCCCAUCAUGCCUCAUUCAUGGCCAGUCGUCAUGGGCCCCAUGUGGGACCACCACCUCCACACCUAACAAGGACUAUGAUGGCACCAGGUCUUGGUGGUCCACCCAUGACUCACUUUGGUCCUCCAGGUCCUGGCUGGCCUAUGGAUCCCUAUCGUGACCCCUAUGCAAUGUCUGCCUUACGUUAUAAUCCCCUAAUGGAGGUGGCUCUUCGCCAUGAAGAAGAACGCCACAAAGCAGCAAUGAACUUGUAUGCAGUGCAAUCGGCGGCCCAUUUGCGUGGCAAAGAACCAUCCCCCAUACCACCACCCUCAGGUGUAGGAGGACCAUUGGGUCCGCCACCACCUCCCCAUCAUCGUAUACAACCUGGUCCACUGGGACCACCGCCGGGAUCAAUGGGCCCAGGUGGGCCAGGUGGACCUCCCGUCGUACCCACACAAUCAUCGCUGAGCGGUAAACCUCCACCGACACUGGGUGGUAUGCCACAUCCCAUGGUGGUGGAUCCGUUAAUGCAACCCAAAAAGGAGGAACCCGGUGGCGGCGGUGGUGGAACACCGCAGACGGUAAUGGGUAUGGCACCCACAGCAACAAAUCCAGGAAAUAAUCCGCCAGGCCGAUGA